GAAAUGAUCGUAGUUCGUCAGAGUGUAGUUACACGGGAGUUACGACUCAGCAUCGUAAUGUGACCCCUUGAUGGAGAAUAUGGUUACCAUAUAAUUAUACUAUUUGGCGGUUAGACAUACAGACGAAAGAGAACUACACAGAUUAUUUCAAAGGAUUUCAAGUCUUAGUGGAGUAUGUGCCUAUGAACAACAGAACGGAGAAAAUCUAUCAUCCAAAGUAGACUAGGAAAUGUUAUACACACAGCAAUAUAGCACCACAAUCUCUGCUCAUGACGAUUACAUGUGAUAAACCAUUAAUUGGCAAUCAAGUUAGAAUACAACUUGCAAAAAUUGAGGCGCAACUUGUUCUCUGUGACGUGAGAAUAUAUGGAGAGUGUGAUGCUGGAUUAUUGGGUUUUAAUUGUACAAACACAUGUGGGAAGUGUUUAAAAGGGACAUGCAGAUCUGCUGAUGACAUAUGUAUCGAUGGCUGUGCAGCCGGAUGUAGCAACUGUUCUUUCUGCCAACAAGAAUCAAAUUGUAUAACAGUACUAGCGAUUGCUGGGAUAGAUGUAGCUGCCGCUGUUUUUGGCAUUUGUGUGGGUGUGUUUGCUGUCAUAUGCAUCACUAGGAGAAAGUCAAAUGGGGAAAAUUGUCCAGUUCUUCAAUGGUAUUAACAACUGUACAUAAUUACACAUACUGUAACAACUGAAAGCAGGGGAAUCAUUUUAUAUUAUCAAUCUAAUUUGAUGAUUUAUAGUAAUGUCUUUUUUAAUAAUUUGGCUUUCGACUGCUGUUUCAUCUGUUUUUAACAUUUAAUCAAAAACCUUUGUGGAGCUUUAAAGUGUAGUAAGAUAUUUUGCAAGAAUUUAGUCAAAAUGUACAUCCUACUAUCAAAUAACCAAGACAGUGUUCCUUACGAAACGAGUAUUAUUCAAAGAUAAAAAAAAUCAUAUGAAAAACAAUUCAGUUGUUAGAUCAUGAUUAAUCAGAUAAAUGAGUUUGGUUAACUUCAAGAUAAAAUCC